AUACAAUUAAGAACGCAUUUUUUUGAAUUUCGCGCGCCGCGGUACUGCGCUAGUCAAAAACGAAAGGUAAUUCCGGUUGCCACAGUUAGGUUAACUUCCUUUUACUGUAGUUCUUUCUGAAAAUGGCACCACCGAAGCCAAAGUCAGCGGAUAAACCCGCAGCAAAGAAGGAAGAAAAGAAGAAGCCAGCAGCUUCGGCUUCCACCACUGCUGCUUCUUCCUCAUCCAAGACCCCCGCGCCUGCCCCCAAGGCAGCCGCUAAGGCCGGAGGCGACAGCAAAAAAGCCACCUCCAAAACUCCAGCACCCAAACCCGCUGCCGCCAAGGCUGCAGGCAAAGCUGCCCCAGCUAAGGCUAAGCAACCAGCCAAGGGUGCCGCCAAGCCCUCUGCCAAACCAGCAGCUAAGGGUGCUGCCAAACCAGCAGCAAAGGGUGCUGCAGCCAAGAAGCCAGCAGCCAAGGUUGCCGGUAAAGCUAAAGUACCUCCCAAGCCACUUUUGUCCAAGCCCAAAAGGCAAGUUCCAGUUAAACAACAAAAGGGUGUUGGUAAGAAGGUUGCUUCUGCCCCAGUUGCUAAGGCUUUGAAAUUCCAAAAGAAGAUUAUCAAAGGCCCAAAUGGAACCAGCACAAGGAAAAUCCGCAAUUCCGUGCACUUCCACCGCCCCAAGACCCUCAGGCCCCCAAGGAACCCAAAAUACCCCAGGAAAUCUGUUCCAACCAGGAGCCGUAUGGAUGCUUACAACAUCAUCAAGUUCCCCUUGACAACUGAAGCAGCCAUGAAGAAAAUUGAGGACAACAAUACUUUAGUAUUCUUGGUUCACACAAGAGCCAACAAACACCACAUUAGGGCUGCAGUAAAGAAGCUGUAUGACAUCAAUGUAGCCAAAGUGAACACAUUGAUCAGGCCUGAUGGCAAAAAGAAGGCUUACGUCCGACUCGCGAGAGACUAUGACGCGCUGGAUGUUGCCAACAAAAUUGGAAUCAUAUAAGCUGUGUCUUCAAUUUUGUUUUUGUACAUUUUGACGUAUGAAUAAAAGGUUGGAGAUAAA